AUGGAUAGCAGUUACUCUGCCAUCUCCAAAAACUCUUACCUCGAGCUUCAGAAACAGACCCCUCACAAUGCCAAACCCACUUCCAAGCUGCUUCCUUCCGACCACGAAACCUUCGUUCUCGCCGACGACGAUCUAGACUUCAACGUCUCUAAUUACCCCCUCGCCGAUACCAAAUCGAGCCAAAAUGGAUCUGGGAUCUACGGCGCCGUUUUCAACCUCACCACAUCAAUCAUCGGCGCCGGGAUCAUGGCAUUACCCGCCACCAUGAAAGUCCUCGGCUUGGUUCUCGGCUUCCUCUUGAUCAUCCUCAUGGCCAUCUUAUCCGAGAUCAGCGUCGAGCUUCUCGUUAGAUUCUCAGUUCUCUACAACUCCAGAUCUUACGGCGAGGUCGUUCAGUUCGCGAUGGGGAAAACCGCUAGGGUUUUGUCCGAGAUUUGCAUCAUUGUAAACAACGGUGGCGUUCUCGUUGUUUAUUUAAUCAUCAUGGGAGAUGUUAUGUCUGGUUCUCUUCAUCACAUUGGUGUUUUGGAUCAGUGGUUAGGUAACGGGUUUUGGGAUCACCGUAAAGUCUUGAUUUUGGUUGUUAUGGUUGUCUUCUUGGCUCCGCUCUGUGCUUUGAACAAGAUUGAUUCAUUGAGCGUUACUUCUGCUGCUUCUGUUGCUCUUGCUGUUGUGUUCGUUGUUGUUUGUUUCGCUGUUGCGGCGAUUAAGCUUGUUGAAGGAACUGUUGAUACUCCGAGGUUGGCUCCUGAUUUUGGUUCUAAGAAAGCGAUUUUGGAUCUUCUCGUGGUGAUUCCGAUUAUGUCAAACGCUUAUGUUUGUCAUUUCAAUGUUCAGCCGAUUUAUAACGAGCUUGAAGGUAGGUCGCCUCAUAAGAUGAAUAGUGUUGGGAGGAUUACAACAGCUAUUUGUGUUGUUGUAUAUGCUUCAACUGCUGUCUCUGGCUAUCUUCUCUUUGGUCAGGACACUGAAUCGGAUAUCUUGACUAACUUUGAUCAGGAUCUUGGUAUCCGUUUCAGCUCUGCGGUGAAUUACAUUGUGAGGAUAGGAUACAUUCUUCAUCUGGUACUCGUCUUCCCUGUGGUCCAUUUCUCAUUGAGAGAAACCGUCAACACUUUGUUGUUUGAAGGCUCUCCUCCUCUAGCGGAAACCAAGAAGAAGUCUUUGGGGCUCACGGUUGUCUUGCUGGCUCUUAUUUACAUUGGCUCGACCAUGAUCCCGAAUAUAUGGACUGCGUUUAAAUUCACAGGGGCAACAUCAGCGGUGUCACUUGGUUUUACCUUCCCUGCUUUGAUUGCAUUACGGUUAGGGAAACAGACCAAUGCUUUAAGCCUUGUGGAGAGAUAUGUGUCGUGGUUGAUGCUGAUCUUGGCCGUGGUGGUUAGCAUCGUGGGGACCCUUGGCAACAUUUACAGUCUCAGAAGCAAAUCAGAUUGAUAGAUUUAUAGUUCAAUACGAAGUCUUCAGUUUUGUGACUGCUACAGGCCACCUUUAGAGGAUCUUGAUCAAUGGCCUCUGUUCAGGCUAAGAGAUUACCGGGUUUGUGAAUUGUUUCAGGUAAGGUAACGAGAUGUUUAAUCAUAAUUCAUACCCUAUCACUUCUAUGUAUACAGACCAGAUUCUUGUAAUAUUAUUAUUAUAUACGCAAUUUUGCUGCGAUUCAAGUUCUUCUUGUUCAAGAGUUUACUACACACUAUAUCUAUAUACAUAUUUUUCAGACUAAUCAUCACAACAAAAGCGUUGAAACAUGUGUGUUGUUGAUUUAUAUAUGUCAC